AUGUAUUGUUCGAUUAUCCUCCUUACGUUCGCGGCUCUCGCUUCCGCCAAAACAGACAUCGCUGGUUGCGUAACUUCCAAAACAACCAACCAGUACGGAGAGGCAUCCGUACUGUGGUACAUUCCUACAUCUGGAGAAAUCUGCGAAAUUUUGGACUGUGGCGGUGGGCGCGCACCCCCUAAGACGACGGUUCCUGGAUGUGGUGCCUAUGUUGGAACAGCGACAUACUCCCCUCAAUUUCUCGCAGGAUUCAACGCCCAAGAGACAGGCGCCCCUCAAGCACAAAGUUCCAUGGCAUCCCUCCCUUCUAGUACCAUGACUAUUACCUCUGCGGCUACAACCAGCUCUGCGGUAGCAGUCGAAAUUUCAGAAUCUGCUGUAUCAAGCGAGGUUAUCUCAUCAACUACUUCCGAAGCUGUCUUUACUAUCCAGACGAGCGUACCUCCUGCCGCGGAGGUUACAAGCACAGGAAUCCUAGUUGCACCCACUCCUGCUAGCACUCUCGCCUCUGCGCCUGCUGUUGGGAAUGGAACUGCCACCAGUUCGAGCGCUGCUGCGACUUCUUCACUUGUCGUCAACAAUGCUGGUGCAAGCAUUUCUGUCCAGGGGAUGAGUGGACUCAUGGGAGUUGCUGCUGUGCUUUUUGCUUUCCUUUUGUAG